UGUCAGGCCAAUGUUGUGUAUUUUUGACUGAAUUAUAAACGAUGAGCAUCUACUUUACAAUACUCGUGCUGUUUGGUAUCCAAAUAAUUAAGGUUCAUAUAAAAGCGUUCGAUCAAGAAGAUGGAAAUACUACGAAUGAACUUGACAGUUCUGAACAAGAAGAUAUUAAACCACCCGAGUCUAUCAAUGAAGCCGACUUGAAGUUUCUCUAUUCAAAUUCAGAUCUCGGAAACGGUAAACGGAUUCCAAUCGCAAGCGGUAACGAAUCAAGUAUACUUGACUACUGGAUACAAGAUUUACCUUUAAAAGUUACUACUCACGGAUGGCUUUCAUCGGAGAAAAACAACAGUGGGGUGUUUGUCAUUAACACCGCAUAUGUUGACGUCGGCGGUUUCAAUGUCAUUUCGGUGGAUUGGAGUAGUAUUGCGGAUGAUCCUAAGUACCCAGUUCCUGCAGUUUUGACCAAAGCCGUUGGUUCUGCGAUUGCUAAUUUUUUGGAGCGUUUGGUUGAUGUCACAGGAAUAGAUUCGUCGGAUAUACAUUUAAUAGGCCAUAGUCUCGGUGCCCACGUUGUAGGAUCGUGUGGUUAUCAUUUUAAAUCGGGAAAAAUUGGCAGGAUUACCGGUUUAGAUCCAGCUGCACCCGGAUACGAGACCAUCAUCUCUGUUCAUUUACCACACUUAAACAAAGAAGAUGCCCAAUUUGUCGACAUUAUUCACACUUCAGGAGGGACUAUCGGCUUCUUUAAAAGUAUAGGCCACGCUGACUUCUUUCCCAAUUCCGGAACAGCGCCCCAGCCGGGAUGCUAUUCAUUAUUCAAAUUAUUAGAUUUCAUGCAUUGCAGUCAUUCAAGAUCAUAUGAACUUUAUGCAGACUCUGUGUACCAUAAGAAUUCUUUAGUUGCAGUAAACUGUUCCUCUUGGGAAGAUUAUAAAUGUAACAAAUGUGAGAACAAUACUCGUGAGUUUAUGGGACACGACGCAUUACCCAGCGUUAGAGGCAAUUUCUUCUUGAAGACCAAAAAAACCAGUCCUUAUAGUACUUACACAGAUUAGACAUAAUGUACAAAUUUGUAAUGUAUUUUAUAUUUUUAUUGUAUUAAUUAGAAAC